AUGGAGAUUGGCUCAUCAUCCAUGGUGGCUGGAGGAGCACAGCUUUCGGUUCCUCCAGGUUUCCGGUUUCAUCCAACGGAAGAGGAGCUUCUGUAUUAUUACCUCAAGAAGAAGGUUUCUUAUGAACCAAUUGAUUUAGAUGUUAUAAGAGAAGUUGAUCUAAACAAGCUUGAACCUUGGGAACUUCAAGAUAAAUGUAGAAUCGGGUCCGGUCCUCAAAACGAGUGGUACUUCUUUAGCCACAAGGACAAAAAAUAUCCGACUGGGACCCGAACCAACCGGGCCAUUGCAGCCGGGUUCUGGAAAGCUACUGGUAGAGACAAAUCCAUACAUCUAAACAGCUCCAAAAAGAUUGGACUUCGUAAGACUCUUGUCUUCUACACUGGUCGUGCUCCUCAUGGCCACAAAACCGAAUGGAUCAUGCAUGAAUACCGCUUAGACGAUAACGAAAAUGAGAUCCAGGAAGAUGGGUGGGUUGUAUGCAGAGUGUUCAAGAAGAAGAACCACUUCAGGGGGUUUCAACAAGAACAAGAUCAAGAUCAUCAUCAUCACCAAUACAUAAACAUCAACAGUGAUCAUGAUCACCAUCAUCAGCAUGACACUGAGUCAAAUUCAAACAAUCAUUCUUCUUUGAUAUCACAUUCUCUAGAUCAUCAUCAUCACAUGGGAAGUCAGGUUCACAUGCCACUACAUGAGUUUGCAAACACUUUAAGCCACGGAUCAAUGCAUCUCCCUCAUCUAUUUAGCCUUGACUCGGCCCAACCGUUUGUGUCGUCAAUCAACACAACAGACAUUGAAUGCUCACAGAAUCUACUGAGGCUGACUUCUAAUAAUAACUAUGGUGGAGACUGGUCGUUUCUGGACAAGCUUCUCACAACGACUAACAUGAAUCAGCAAGUGCACAACCAUCAAGCAAAAUGUUUUAGGGAGACGCGUAACAACGGUAAUAACGACCAUGCUGUUACUUCAUCAUCUCCAGUUGUAUCUGGGAAACGAUGCUAA